CUAAUCGGAGCAACAAUCGAGACAUCAAAGAGCCAAUGGCUUCAGGUUUCAGCGGCGAUGAAACUGCUCCUUUCUUCGGAUUCCUCGGCGCCGCCGCUGCGCUCGUUUUCUCCUGUAUGGGAGCAGCGUACGGGACGGCGAAGAGUGGCGUCGGAGUUGCGUCGAUGGGAGUGAUGAGACCUGAACUUGUUAUGAAAUCGAUUGUUCCUGUUGUCAUGGCUGGUGUGUUAGGUAUCUAUGGUUUGAUCAUCGCUGUCAUCAUCAGUACUGGGAUAAACCCCAAGGCCAAGUCUUAUUACCUAUUCGAUGGCUAUGCUCAUCUUUCUUCUGGGCUAGCUUGUGGUCUUGCUGGUCUCUCUGCUGGUAUGGCUAUUGGAAUCGUCGGUGAUGCUGGUGUUAGAGCGAAUGCGCAACAACCGAAGCUGUUUGUGGGAAUGAUUCUGAUUCUCAUCUUUGCGGAAGCGCUUGCACUAUAUGGUCUUAUUGUUGGUAUCAUCCUCUCAUCUCGAGCCGGUCAGUCUAGAGCUGAGUGAAAGAAGUGGUGACUUAUUGUUAGUAUCAACAUGUCUCAUAUCAGAAGUUUUCAUCUAAUGCAUAAGCUUCUCCUUUCACUUCGUUUUUUGUGAGUUUGAGUUUUGUUAUGAUUGGACACACUGUAACUUGGGUGAAAUUAUAUGACUUGGUAAAAAAUGCAUUCCUGCAUU